GCUGCCGCCCCCGCCUCCCCCCUCGGCGCCUGUGGCCCGGCCGCGGCCGUGCCCUCCUGGUCCCCUCACCCUCACACACACAGGCCGGGCAUUGAUGGUAAUGUAUGCGAGGAAACAGCAGAGACUCAGUGAUGGCUGUCACGACCGCAGGGGGGACUCGCAGCCCUACCAGGCUCUUAAAUACUCAUCCAAGAGUCACCCCAGUGGUGGUGAUCACCGUCAUGACAAGAUGCGAGACACCACAGAUCCUUCACCGCCAAAUAAAAUGCUGCGGCGCUCUGACAGCCCUGAAAACAAAUACGGUGACAACACAGGGCACAGUAAAGCAAAAAGUGUGCAUACUCACAGAGUUAGAGAGAGGGAUGGUGGGACCAGUUACUCUCCACAAGAAAAUUCACACAACCACAGUGCUCUUCAUAGUUCAAAUUCACAUUCUUCUAAUCCCAGCAAUAAUCCAAGCAAAACUUCUGAUGCAGCUUACGAUUCUGCGGAUGAUUGGUCUGAGCACAUCAGCUCUUCAGGCAAAAAAUACUACUACAACUGCCGAACAGAAGUUUCACAGUGGGAAAAACCAAAAGAGUGGCUGGAAAGAGAGCAGAGACAAAAAGAAGCAAGCAAAAUGUCAGUUAACAGUUUUCCAAAAGAUAGGGAUUACAGAAGAGAGGUGAUGCAGGCGACAGCUGCCAGUGGGUUUGCCAGUGGAAUGGAAGACAAGCAUUCCAGUGACACCAGCAGUAUGCUCCCACAGAAUAUUUUAUCUCAAACAAGCAGGCACAAUGACAGAGACUACAGACUGCCAAGAGCAGAGACUCACAGUAGUUCUACUCCAGUACAGCAUCCCAUCAAACCAGUGGUUCAUUCAACUGCUACCCCAAGCACUGUUCCUCCUAGUCCAUUUUCUCUACAAUCUGAUCACCAGCCAAAGAAAUCCUUUGAUGCUAAUGGAGCAUCUACUUUAUCAAAACUGUCUACAUCCACAUCUUCCAUCCCUGCACAGAAAACAGAGAGAAAAGGUAUGUCUGAUGAAAUUCCCUCUAGUAUUAAAGAUGAUGCAUUGCAUUACUUUGCUUAUUUGAAGUAUGUUAGUACUAGAAUUUAAAGAUUUUUUUUUCCUGUUUGAUUGUAUGUGUUUAGAACUUGAUUACUGGUUUUAAGUGUUUACUUUCCCCUAAACCCCGUCUGCUAUAUCUUAUACAACUUCAAAUUGACACUGCGAUAUUUACUAUUUACUGGCUUAUUCUGCAAAUUAACAUUUCAAAUUGUAAUUGAAAAGAUGUAUUUUCGUAGAACGUAUUUUAAUUCUCGUCUUCUCUCUUGUUGUUUUGUAUCUUUGCCAUUUGGGUUGUAAUGUUACACAGUUUGAAAGUCAUUUUGGACCAUUAUGUUUUAUGAACUGCUAUUACUGUUUGGAAUGCCAGUGUCAAACCUUUCAAGCACAAUUCUUAAAGAAAGCAAGAGUUUUCUACAUGUUUGUACGAGCUAAUCUUUUUUGAUCUGUAUCUUGAGAAAUACUGGAUCUUCAGUUCUAAAUCUGCUGAUAGUAUAUGUUAGUAUGUGUUUCUGUUACCUGAUAAUACCUGUUAGAUACAGUUAGAAUCAAGCAAAGUUAGGACUUCACUGUGCAUUGUUUGUGACCUUUCAGACCUGUCUUUUAGUUGGAUUUAAUUCAUUAUUAGGGAUGAAGAGCUCAAGAAGAUUGUGAGAAUGUGUGUCAUUAAUGAUAGUUUGUUACUUUGGUGUAGUUGAGUUUGAGAGAGUGGUAUUGUGUAAGAAAAUCCUAUUUUGAGGGCUUUGGGAAGGAGAAAAAUAACUUUUAACAAUCAUGUUGAGUUUUAAUUUUAAAUAUUGUAUAAUUAAUAUGUAAUUGAAUUCUUUUUUGAGAGAGAGUUUUUUGCCUUGUCCAUACUUGCAAGUUGGCCUAGUUAAAUAGUUUUAAAAAGAAAACCAAAACCGACUCUAGUCUGACACUGGUCUUGUACUCUGUUUUUGAGUCUUCCACUUCUGUUUAUUAAAGAGUUCCAACUUGUACACAGACUUAAGAACAGCAAGCCACGUAAAAUAUUCAAACAGUAGCGUACACCGACAAAUACUGUAAGACAGUUGUGCAUGUAAAGAAAUUUUUGUUUUUUUCUUGACACUUUGUACAAUUUUUACAUAACCCGGGUCAUGAAUACUGACUGUAAACGACAGAGGAACAGGUUAUUUUCAGCAAGCACAGUAAAGCACGAAGUAAGGUGUGCUAGUUCAAGCAUGGUUCUUGUACUGAGUGCGGUAGUUACCUGCUUCAUGUAAGCCUCUAUUUUCUGAUUGCAGUUUGAAGCACUUGUACACAUUACAGCGCAAAACGUCCACGUCAAGUAUUCUUUCCUUUAGUGUAUCUACUGCAUUUCCCUUUCUAUAUUUAAAAUACACUUAAACCCCCUCUUAUUAUUAUUCAGUUCUGGCAUGUUCUUGAUUCCUCUUUGGUGUGUGAUCAGAUUUCAUACUGGGUAUUCUUUCGCUGCUUUACUGCACAUCUGCAUUAAUUGACCAGCUGACUUACAGCAAUUGAAGGAACUUCCCAUUCUGACAACUGCUACAGAUGUUGGCAGAGAGUUCUAAUACUUCUUACAAACGACAUGAAUUGGAGAACAUACACCUGGGUAUAAUAUUGAAAACAAUCACACGGGGCAGUCUUGAUGCUGUCAAUCUUACUUUAGAAUCCAUAUUACCAUGAAUGGUUCCAUAUUAAAUCAUUCACUGAAUUUCUGUAUUCUUAGAUAGAUUUUUGUUAAUGUUAUAUGGGUUAAAUGAAUAGAUUCUCUGUAAUAAUCUUGCCUCAUUGAUCUAUUUUAUGGCACUCGAUUGUGAGCAAAUAUUGUACUUAUUUCGGAAAAAGAAUUACAAGAAAAGGAUUACAGAAAGUUAGUAAAUAAUUGAAGAAUUAGACUAGAUGAAUGUUGGGCUUGAAAUUCUUACUCUAGAAAAUGUGAGUUUUUGCGUAUUUCUUUAGCUC